CAUUUCCAAAUCCACCUUCGUCACAACGUCUCGGUCUUCGGCAUCGGAUAAAGUUCUCACCAAGCAAUGUUCGGCAGAAGCAGUCUCGUCGUGUUAUUCGCCGCUGUCUUGACGCUUUCAAGCGGAGUACAAGCUCAGUUCGGCUUCCCUGGUAUGGGAGGAAUGGGCGGCAUGGGGGGCAUGGGCGGCAUGGGGGGCAUGGGCGGAAUGUCCAACUUCAUGAAGAUGAUCCCUGGCAUGGGUGGCGGCGGUACUAGCGGCGGAGGCAUGGGAGGCUUCCCUGGAAUGGGCGGCAUGGAGGCAUGCACUGUUCACGGCGCUGGAGGAGCGUCGGGAUACCGUCGUAAACUUCGCUCGGAGUGA